GAUCGCCAUGUUUAUGUUGUUAGGUGGUAUAAUAACGCCUUAGACAAAAUGGUGGCAUGCAGCGGUAGUUGUCGUCCUGUGUGUGUUAUUAUUUCCAUAUUUCUUCUUAGGACUUUUGAAGCAGCGAAAGAAACAAAAUAUAUCUCCAGGCACAAUUUAAAAGAGAGAGCUAAAAAAGUUGCAGACACAGAAAUUGAACCUUUUACGGCCUUGACCAAAUUAUUGACCUCACCUCCUCAGGUCAUAACUUUAAUUGGCAAUUUAUUGCUUAUAGCAAAUGACAGUGACUUCACUCUAAACAUGAAAUCUUUCCAGAAAAAGUUUGAAUAUUUGGAAUACCCCGAUUCAUUCCGGGCAUCACUGGUGCAACUAGCAAAUAUUGGAUGGGAUGAAUUUUAUGAGGCGCAUAUAAAUAUGGAUUCAAUGAAAAUACAUAUGACAAAUAUUGAUAGUCAUUUGAAAAUAUUAGUUAAUGUCUUGACAGAGGGCACAAAUGAUAAAGUGCAAUAUUUCAACAAAAAGAUUCUAAAGAAAAUUGAAUUAAUCGCAGAUGAGAGUCUCAAGCUGUCUCUCGAUGUAGAAGUUCGUUUUCUCCUCUUCAUGAAUGUUACUAAUGAACUUCUAGAAGCAAUCUCAAUGGCAAAAGGCUUUUAUGAGGAUAAAGCUAAAGAUACAGAAAUGGCUAUACGAGCCACAAAGAAAGAGGUAAAGAAAUCAAAAGAAGAAAAAGAGAUGUUGGAUAAAAAGUAUGAAGAAAUCGAUGAGGAGAUGAAAGGUGCAUCAGCAGAUUUAAAAAUAGCACUUGACGAUUCCUCGAUGAAGUUGAUGGCGUUUUCCGUAUUUGAUUGGACGUUUGGAGUAGCAAAUAAAUUAAUAUUUGGCAGAGAUCAUUCGUUGUACGAACAAGUUCAUGACAAUCGAGACGCAGAAUCAACUGAGGACAGGGCAAAAAAUCGUGCAUAUAUAUUUGCAGAAGAUCUGCACGUAGUGGUCGAUCACUUGGUGGAAAUAGCCACUGCUGGGAAAAACAAUGGACAAAAAGAACCCGACUGGAAUAAAAUAGAUGACGUGAAAGGUUUAAAACAUACUAUUUCAUAUAUCGAUAAAAAGCUUAAGACAGAUACCGAACAUACAGAUGCUCAUCAUCAGGGUAUCAAGCUAAGCAAUAAUGCAAUAGAAUAUUGUGAAAAAUUAAUUGAACUCCACAAAGAGUUAAUGAGAAAUGAUGAUGAAGUAAAGCAAUUAGUCAUAAACAUAGAGGAUAUUCAUCUUGGUGCAAAAGAAUUCUUGUCUGAGGCAAACGAACAUAUGCAUAAAACUUGUGAUGGAUGGAAUCAAACAAUAUUAAAUUCGGACACUUUGGUUCAGCAUGAACUAACUAGAUCGUGUAUAAAAAUCGAGAUUUCAAAAGAUGCGUUGAAUGAUUUGAAACGUAGUAAAGAGGAAACUUUUCAAAAAAUAAUAAAUACGAAGAAGAGGAUAACAAAUACUUUAAAAAAAUUAGAGGGUUUUAAAAUCGAAAAAUUUAAUUUUGACAACAUCCGAAAAAUUUGGGUAAAAGUUUUAAAAUUAAUAGCAGAGGUUCGUUCCGAAUGGGGAAAGAUUAUCAGGUUUUUCCAAACUAUUUCUAGUGUAAUAAAAAUGAAAUUUCACGAAAACGUGCAACAUUUGGUAGAAGAUAUGACGUUUGCUGUUGAUAUAAAACUAAAACAAGGUAAAAUAACCGAAUUUACAAAUGAAGUUAUCCUUGAAGAACUGUUAAAGGUGAGCACAAUGACUUAUGCUGUUCAUGCAAUAACAUCCUCAUAUGUUGAAGUAUCUGACAAGCAUCUAUUGGACCAAAUUAAUAGAUUAGGUGGUCUUGUUGCACUUGAUCCAGCCACGGAUAAGAAAGAAAUUGAGAAUUGUCGAAAGGAGUUAAAUGAACAAAGUCAAAAGGCAGUUAACGAAACUUUUCAAAUUGUGGAGAAAAAACACAAAGAAUAUUUUGAAAAAGUUGAAGAAAAUCUACGUCAAAUAGAUUAUCACAAAUCGAAAGGAAAUUGACUUGCUUGUGUAAGUGUGUUUGUGUAUGUGUGACUAGAUACAUCGUUAGUUAAAUUUGAAGAUAUCAGUAUUGUCCCAUUUCAACAUCGUUAUAAGAUCUUUGAAUAUUGUUUUUAUUGGUAUCCGUACUUUUUUGUUGUGGAGAUGUGUACAUUCCCAAACACGUCCAGGCAACAAUUGAUCCGUUGUUAUCAAGCGAUGAAUCAAUCUGAUAAGUUAUUUCCUUUUCAACUUAUGUUUUUCUUUUUUUGUACUGUUACGCCCCUCUUUAGGUAAGCCGAGGGUUUGUCACCAGCAAACCUGAUUAACCCUGCAACAUUUUAUAUAUGCCUGUCCCAAGUAAGGUACCUGUAAUUGCGUGGUUGUCGGUUUCUGCUGUUUCUCAUAUUUUUUGCAGUUUAACACAGUUGGUUUUUGUGUUGUGCCGUUUCACCAUAGUCACAGGUUGGGGGUAUAGAGUAGGGGAGGGGCGGAGGAAGGGGUGUGGAGGUGGGGGUUCGUCGUCUUCAAAUAUGAUUCAUCCCGCCUAUCAUUUCAAUAUAAACAUAUCCAACAAUUGCAUCUGAAUAUACCAUUUCAAUGAUAUUUCUUAUAUAAUUUAAAUCUUGUAUAUGCGAAUGAAUGUAUAAAUUCUUCAAAUAAAAAAAUGUAAGGUAUAA